AUGAUACAGGACGAGAAUUUGAAGAGGGCAGCGCUCGAACAGAACGUCGAUUCGGUUACCAAGAUGUUGCGCUGUGGUCCCGAGGGAGAAGUGGAUGCGGACUUGUCGAAGGAGCAAACUGGCCUAGGAGAACCUGGAUGUAGCUACAGAAGGGCCCUGGCCCUUCCAUGA